AUGGAUGUGGAUGAAUUUAUAGAAAACCCAACUCUGGAGGCGCUAGAGGCUGCCACAAAGUCGGACUUGAUAGAUAUUACGAAAGGACUAAAUCUUGCAGAGGUGAGGUUGUCGAUGAAAAAGCGGGAGGUGCGGAGGGCCAUAACUCAGUAUAUUGUGAAGAAUGUGUUUUCUGCUGAGGUAUUGGAAAAUAUCCCUGAAAAGGCACCAGCUAGUGGGACGGCUCAGUUAGAGUUGGAGAAAUUAAGGAUGGAACAUGAAAUUAAGUUAAAACAGCUGGAAGCAGCUGAAAAAGAGAAGGAAAGGGCCGAAAAAGAGAAGGAAAGGGCUGAAAAGGAAAAAGCCCAAAAGGAAAAAGAAAGAACUGAAAGGGAAAAGGAAACAGCCGAAAAGCAACGGGAGCAUGAGCUCCAGCUAAAGGAGUUAGAGGUAAAAAGGGAGCAUGCGCUCCAGCUAAAGGAGUUAGAAGAGAAGAGGGAGCAGGAACGAGCUGAGAAACAAAGGGAACAUGAAAUUCAGUUAAAACAGCUGGAAGCAGCUGAAAAGGAGAAGGAAAGGGCAGAGAAAGAGAAGGAGAGGGAGUAUGAGGAGAAAGAGAAACAGAGGCAACAUGACUUGGACAUGGAGAAGUUAAGGCAAGAGCGAAGAGCUCAAGGGCCAGACCAAGAGGAGCGGUUUAAUGUUAGUCGGGAGUUUAGGUUAGUACCUCCGUUUGAAGAGACAGAUGCUGAUAGUUAUUUCUUGCAUUUUGAAAAGGUGGCAGUGAAUCAGAAGUGGCCCAGAGAUCAGUGGGUGGCGUUGAUACAAAGUGUGUUAAAAGGGAAGGCACAACAGGCAUAUGCGGCGUUGUCCAUGGAGGAGGAGGAGUCUGAGAAUUAUGAGAAAGUAAAGGAGGCCAUUCUUCGGGCCUAUGAAUUGGUACCUGAAGUGUAUAGACAAAAGUUCAGAAAUUUUAAAGAAAGGGUAGAAUCAGAAGUAUGCAGAGUUUUCCUGUGA